UCCCGUCUCUCACUCGAAUUUAUAUUCGUUGUUUCGUUGUUUUAAUAAUUCCUCUGUCGAUCAAAUCCUCUUGGGCCUGCAGAGCAUCCUUGCAUAUUUUCUCAGACCCCCAGUUUUUAAUCCUGCCGUCUGUUUUCCUAAAUUCUACUAGAUGUUCAAUUUGAAGCACGUUUCGCAAGGAUUUGCGUCAAAUUAAGCAAGGUUUGUUCAAAAAGAUUUGCUAGGAUUGGCUCGUUACUUUGCUUUUUGUUGUUACUUCGUUGUUCACAAGGCAAUUGCUGCUUGCGCAUCUUUUCUCUUUUACCAGUGGCCAUAUCAGCUUUUCUCCUUUUCAUCACUGCCCUUCUCACCUCCUCCUCUUUUGCGUCUCCAUUGCUAAGAGCUGCUCUUUGACUUUCCAUUCCAUCAGGGCGUCCUUUUUGACUUUUCUACACCAAUUCUCCCUCUCUCUCUCUCUCUCUCUCUCUCUCUCUCUCUCUCUCUCUCUCUCUCUCUCUCUCUCUCUCUCUCUCUCUCAGAUAACUUCAUUCUCCAUCAAGCCAACCUUUUGGUACACACCAAUUUCAUAGGAUCUGCCAUUGUUUUGGCCCAUAGUAACAUCUUUGAGAGGUCCUCACACAAAGUUUUUUUCCUAUUCUAAAUAUCAUCACCUUAGUUCAAGACCACUGUAGGUUACCAGUAAUUUUCCUUUAUAAUUUUUUUUUUUACUUUGCAUAAUUUUUAUAAAGGACAGUCACGCUAAAUGGAAAACAACCAAAUGCCAAAGUUUUCCAAUUAGAGAAAGCUACAGGAGAGCUCUUUCAUUCACCAUUUGCACCAAACUCAUCGAGGAUGACGAAUACGAUGAUGAAGGUCGUUAUUGGGUUGAUGAUGCGGUACGGUCGGUGUGCGUUCUGAAAUUGACGGACAGGCAUCGGUUUUUUGAGGAUCUCAUUUUCAUCCACUGAAAGCAUCCCUUGGGAAUUCUUAAUCGAGACCCGCCGGUUAUUGUCAUCAUUCUUUGACUGUUCGAUCAUCCAUCAACCAGUACUUAUUCCAGUUGAUGGAAGAGGACAUCGGAAAAGCAGAAUUUGAUGUAUAAUUUGCAAUAUUCUUUUCACUAAUGCAACAACGCCUGCCAGUGAGGAUGCUUUUUUUCAUGAGGCAAACAAAGCGUUUCAUCGGCAGCAAUUUAUUUCAAUUAGUGGCAUCUAAUUGAAUAUACAUUGACAAACGCGUGGCAAGUGGAAGCUCCUAUAGUAGGAUCUAAUUAAAGAGGGGUAAAGGUGGUGAACAGGGCCAAUGGCUGCCAUGGCAACUGUGCCCAGUUACAGCCCUUCGAUGUGGGUACGGCUAUGCCACGCUCUACCUCGCCUCGAUCUGACCAUGCAGACGCGAGACAACGUGUUUGCGCCGGACAGCUGGGAGUACCAACAGACUCUUCUGGUCCUCUCCAGCCUCUCAGCCAUCGCGCUCGUGCUCUCCCUCCUCGUGAUCCUCUCCUUCCUCAUCCACUAUUGCUGCUGCCACCGCAGCAACUCCGGAAGGGAAGAGGAGGAGGACGACGAUGACGGCAGCCGUGCCAGGAAGGGGCGUGGCAUCUGCUGCGUCACCUGGGUGUCCGUGGCAGCCGUUACGCUGUGCUGUGUUGCCAUAGGCAUUGGUUUCUAUGGUAACAGUGAGGCUAACGAUGGGAUGUAUCAGUUGACCUCAUCUCUGCUCACUGCCAAUUACACGCUGGCUUCCAUCAAUCUUCUGGUUUCGGACACCGUGGCUGGGCUGCAGCAGUCCGUCUUGGGGCCUCUCACCUCCUUGGAGGAGGUGUUUGGGGGGAGCAAACCUGCCCUGGUGUCCACGCGCUCCUGCCGGCGUCUGUCUGAGCGCGUGGCCUCCCUUCUUUCCUCCAUCACUCUGAGCAAGGGCUUGAGCUUCAGCACUGCCGCGUCACGGCCCACUGGAAAUGAAAGCGCAGCCAGGCUCCUGACCCCUGCCCCGCCCUCCGUAGCGCCCACGCUGACCCCCACAUCCAACAGCAUACCUUCAUCCUUCUCUCCGGGGUGGGCAGCCAACAUCCUUCUGGUGAAUGAGGACUACAGGUGGCUAUCAUAUGUGUUGCUUUUACUUUUGGAUCUGGUGGUGUGUCUGUUUAUCCUGCUAGGCUUGGCUAAACAGGUCCGAUGGCUCCUUAUUCUGAUGACGGUUUUGGCCUGGUUGGCUCUGUUUCUGAGCUGGGGAUCCCUUGGCCUGGAAACAGCCACAGUGGUGGCACUCAGCGAUUUUUGCUUUGACCCAAACACAUUUGUAGUCAACUCUACUCACUUCACCACGGGGACAAGCACAGAAAUCCUGGACUAUUACUUGAGCUGUAGUAGGCGAAUGACUAGCCCCUUCCAGCAGCUGCUCACCCAGUCCCAGAGAGCACUGUCUAGCAUCCACUCCCACCUCUUCAAUCUGGAGCGAGACACACUCCCUCGAUUCCCGAAAGCGGAGAAGCCACUGAGGGAGGUGCAACAGAUGCUCAACAUCACCGAGGGCAAUUUCCACCAGCUGGUGGCGCUGCUCAACUGCCGAGGCCUUAACAAGGACUAUAUCGACUCUCUGAAAGGCCUGUGCUAUGAUGGGAUGGAGGGAUUGCUUUAUCUCUCUCUCUACUCAUUCCUUUCUGCUCUGGCGUUCACAGCCAUCCUUUGCUCCCUGCCUGGAGCCUGGAGGAGCUUUGCUAGCGACUCAGAGGAUUAUGAGGACUCGGACAGCGAGAGCGAGGACCCCUUCACAUCCCAUCAGGCACGUAGACAGACGGCCGUGGGCUCCCAGCGCGGGGCUUUGCCCCCCUUCUAUAGUUACCAGGGGGCCGGCUGGACGCCCCCCUUUUCUAGCGCGCCUCCCUUACCGACUCCAAACACUUCCUCCAAUGGCAACCCUGGUUAUGAGAGCCUGCCUCUGAGUGACAGGCAGUCCCCGCCCCCUUCUUACAGUACUCUCCCAGCAUGCUGACAGGCUAUGCAGGUAGUCAGUCACGCUCCAGUCCCGCCCGUUCGAGGAACAUGUAUUCGCACUAAUUUUUAUGUAUAGUAUUAAAAACAUGAAUAUAGCGUAUAUUUAGUUUUCAUAUUGAUGGACACUUAAUUGAAAUAAGAUCAUGUUAAAGGAGAUUUGAAUUCUGGAUGUGAAAACUAAUGUGUAACGUCAGUACCACUGAUUUUCAAAAGCACUUUUCAAAAGACUGGCAGUUUGAUUUAAAGGUCAUAUUAAACUCAGCCAGGACAUAUAAGGCACCAUCAUCUGUUUAGUGUUGUUGUGACCAUUUGCUCGAGGCUGGAAGCAGAAUGGUAUUGAUGUUACCGUAGUGGUCUAUUUUUAAAAUGUAUUACCAAUUUUACUUUAGAGGUUUUAUAAUGUUGUAUGCUGAGUCACAGGGCCCCUAGGAAUAAUGGCACAAUUUCUCUGUAUGAUUAUGCAGCUUGUUGGGAACUUAUUUUUGGUUUUGUCUCUUUUUUAAAUAUUUGACUGUACCUUUUUCGAUAAGUGGCAGUUCUGUAUUAUCUUGUAUACCCUCUGAGACUAUGAUCAUAUGAAAUAUUAUAUAAAUAUAUAUUCAAUGUAAAUGAUUUUUGAGUGUGAAACCACUUUGAUGGUUAAAACAAUUAAUGAAAAUAAUAACAUUUUAGAGAGAGCUAGCCUCUCCCCAGGCUACUGGUUGGGGAAUUUAAACUGCUGUGUUUGAGCAAUACAGCCUCUACCACUGACCACAAUGCAGAGGUCACAGUGUAUU